CACUGCUCCCCUCACCCCAGUACACAGCGACUAGGAAGAAAGUUUUGCACAGAAUGAGCCCCGCGUUGACGUAGGCAUCGCCUCCCCUCUCGGCUGGAUAGAAGCCCAGAAGGGAGCGAAUGGGGGAGAUGCAGAGGUAGGGAUCGCUUGGAUUCCUGUGGUUAGGGUCGGGUCCGGGGGCGGGGCGGAUCAAAGGCCAGCCACGAGUGUUGGUCUUACAUGCACAAAUACAUCAGGCUUUUGCCUCCUCCGUCAACCUCCUAAAUCCCUAUGAGGUCAUAGCAAUGAGAGAGAAUCAGAUCAAGAGAGAGGGGGAGGAAGAGGACGACGACGAGGGAGAAGAAACCCAGACGGAAAGAGGCCAUCAGACAAGGUCGCUUUUUCUGGCGACACAGCAACUGCGAGGAGCGUGGCGCUGAAUACCAUCCGCCCGCUCGCCUGGGGACCGACAGACCUGCAGGAGCACUUUGCAUUACCGCGAAAACAAAGGCGAGGAGACGGGAGGGCGAGGGACAGAGAAGCUCCGAGCAGUGUCCCCUCGGAGCUCCAGGGAGCGAAGCUCAUCUCCUUCGCAAGGAAAGAGAGAGGAUCCUGGAAAGGUCUGGGAGGGUAGGAGGGAGCGGCGUUUCCUUGCGGAGGUUUGGGACGCGGCGGAACUCUGGACAGCGCCUCGCGAGCCGGCUCGGGGCUCCCUGGGCUCCUCGGGGUUUCUGGUUCCUUCUUAAAAGCCCUGCCACUGGUGUGCUCUCUUCUCCUGGACUCUCACCACCAACCCCAAGAAGACCCUUCUACGGUCCCUGUCUGAACGUGCCAGGGGGUGGAGCAGCUCUUUCGUCCCUGGCCUGGUCAGAGAAGAGGGUCUCCGUUUCUGGAAAUCUGGUCCUGUGGAUAAUGCCUUGCUGGUGAAGAAAGAAAAGUUUUGGGAUUUGGUAGGGGGUGGAAGGGGUAAGAAGGAUAGGAAGAAAAAAAGGUGGAUGGUUGGUUUCCCUCUCUGAUCUGGAAGGAAUGAUGACCGAGGAAGGAUGUGCACCAGCGGCCAGAUUAUUGGGAGCCUCUUGGUGCUCUCUGUGCUGGAGAUAGGGCUGGGGGUGUCCAGCGUGGCCGUGGGGGCGGUCAGCUUCAGCCUGGCCCUCCGAGAGCACAAGCCGCAGCUUGGAGACUCGUCCCCGUUUCUUCUUUGUGGCAUUUGUGGAAUAUUGUGCGCCAAAAAAAAAUCAGGACUUGUCAUGAUCCUCUUUUCAGCGUGCUGUAUCUGUGGACUCAUUGGAGGCAUCCUGAAUUUUCAGUUCCUUCGGGCAGUCACAAAGAAGACCUCUUCCCUGUAUCCUCUGCAUCUCGCCUCCAUGUCUCUUGCUUGCAUUGGGAUCGGGGGCUGCACUCUCUCUUCCUGGCUCACCUGUCGACUUGCCAGCUAUGAACAGAGGAGGAUGUUCUCAGAAAGGGAGCAUUCCCUGCAUCACUCUCAUGAAAUGGCUGAGAAAGAAAUGACAGACAACAUGAGCAAUGGAGGACCACAACUGAUAUUUAAUGGAAGAGUAUAAUCAAUGUUUUAAAGAAUUGAACCUUUUUUAGGACUUUCAUGAGGCAAGGAAAUACCAAAGGACUAAGAGAUAAAAUUCAAACAGUUCUUGCAUUUGCUUUCAUCUUUCCUGAGCAUCUACCAAAAUUAUUCUUCCUCAAUUUUGCCUCACUUAUUUCUCCAACCUUUUUUAUGGGGUAAAAAACUUUCCAGAAAUGUUCUAGUACAGUAAUUUCAAGAGACUUUCCAGAUUGUUCUACAGAAGACUUUUCAGGAAAAAGUAAUAAAUAAAAUAGAAAUAAAAUUAAUAUUCUACCCAAACACUAUUUGACUAGCAUGAGUAUUAGAUUUGUAAUGACAUAUUUCAUAUGAGUAAUUGAAAAGUGCAAAUAUGAAGAAAUAACAAUAACUUAUUAAUGUCUUUGUUUUGAAAGACAGAUGGCUUCAAGAAUGCCGCAAUUCAAAACCUCAGUAAUGCCUUGUUAUAAAAACAUUGUAAUUAUUUUCAAUUUGUGAAUGAACUAUAUUUCAUAAUUUAUUUGUAAACCUAAACACAAAAAGAUUUUUUUAGAGAGAGAGGAUACUAAUCAGUAUGAUAUUUUUGCAUUUUUGCACAAGAGUGAAAAGCUGUAAGUGAAUAUCAUUUAAGGAAAAUAAACAUGUUUUGAUCAUA